UUCACGCGCCUGUGACUGAGUGCCUCAUCCAUCCAUUAUCCAUAUAUAUAGAUAGAUAGAGAAAGCUAACGUCCCACCCCAAUUAAUGGCUUUGUCUUCAUCAAUAUUUCCUUUGAACAUUCUUCUUCUUUCGCUUACUUUUAGCAUUUCUACACAAACUUUAGCCGCCAGAUUUCAUUAUCAUGAACCUUCAGCUCAUCAACAACAACAAAAAGCAGACCAAGUGAGUGGACUGCCUGGUCAGCCUCCGGUGAGCUUUAAGCACUUUGCCGGCUAUGUUACCGUCAACAAAACUCAUGGAAGAGCGCUCUUCUAUUGGUUCUUUGAAGCAAUCAACAACCCUCAAGAUAAACCCCUCCUCCUUUGGCUCAACGGAGGGCCUGGAUGUUCAUCAAUUGGGUAUGGAGCAACAGAGGAGUUAGGCCCUUUCUUCGUUCAAAAUGGCAGCGAACCGAAGCUCAAGUUCAACCCUUACACGUGGAACAAUGCUGCCAAUUUAUUGUUUCUGGAGUCUCCCGUGGGAGUGGGAUUUUCUUACACGAAUACUAGUGAAGAUAUCAGGCAACUUGGCGAUAAAAUUACAGCUGAGGAUUCUUACAACUUUCUCAUCAACUGGUUUCAACGGUUUCCACAAUACAAGUCUCAUGACUUCUAUAUAUCUGGAGAAAGCUAUGCAGGGCAUUAUGUUCCACAGCUUUCUGAGCUCAUCUUUGACAGAAACCAGAACCUGUCCAAGGAGAAUUAUAUAAACUUGAAGGGAUUCAUGAUUGGGAAUGCAGCAGUAGACGAUGAGACAGAUCAGAAGGGAAUGAUUGAUUACGCGUGGGAUCAUGCGGUCAUCUCUGAUCGCUUGUACCAGGAUAUCAAGAACGAAUGCGACUUCAGUGAGAAAAUGGUAUCAAGACUCUGUAAUAAGCUGAUAGACAAGUACUUUGAUGUCUACGAAAUCAUAGACAUGUACAGCUUGUACACUCCCACGUGCCUCAGUAACAACAGCAGCGCCACCACCGCUACCAGGCAAUCCCGCACCAUCCAAGGCGCCCCUACUUUGUUUUCGAGACUUGAUGUAAGGCACAAGAGACCAGCAGGUUAUGACCCUUGUGCAUCACAAUACAGUUAUGUGUAUUUAAAUAGGCCGGAUGUUCAAAAGGCACUGCAUGCCAAUGUCACCAAAAUUCCCUAUCCAUGGACUCACUGCAGUGAUAACAUCACCUUCUGGAAGGAUGCACCACCCUCCAUUCUUCCCGUGAUUGGAAAGCUUGUAGCGAGCGGCCUCCGCGUUUGGAUUUACAGUGGGGAUACUGACGGGAGAAUUCCAGUAACAUCAACAAGAUACGCCUUGAAAAAGCUGGGAUUGAAGAUUAAUGAAGAUUGGACUCCUUGGUACAACAACAAACAGGUUGGCGGGUGGACAGUUGCGUACGAAGGGCUUAUGUUUGUGACAAUUAGAGGAGCAGGUCACCAAGUUCCGGAGUUUGCACCAAAGCAGUCGCUCCUCAUGGUUGAACACUUCCUGGCUAAUAGAACACUCCCAUCUAAACCAUUUUAAAUUUAACCACUCUCCCUCCCUCCCUCCCUCUUCUUCAUGUCAAUAAAAAUACAACAUUUUACGAUUCUUUGGAAUUUGUGA